UAGCAGUAGCGGCAGCGGCGGGUCCUGGCGGGCGGGCUCCGCCGCCUCCCGGCUCAUAGACGUGACUAGCAACGCGGCGCUGCUGCCCUGAGCCGCGGCGGCUGCACCGCUAGCGCCCGAGGUACCUGGACCCUGCCUGAGCCGGGACGCAGCUCCCUGCGGUGCAACGCAGCGUCCGUGCCUGACGGGCUGGAUCCAAGCAGGGAGGGGAAAGGCGCAGAGGUCCAAGUUCAGUUCACUGGAACUGACAGACAAAUGGAAGACGGAGAGAAUGUAUCUGUUACUUGUAAUGUUACAAGAAACAAAGGAAGAACAGAGUUACAAAAGGGAGCUUAUGAUAAUCUCCUUUUGGACAUCCCUGUCACUCGAGAACAGAUAAGUCGCUAUCGGGCUGCAGCUGAAACCACACGUAGUGAACAUGCAGCGCUUCUUGUGAAGUAUGAACGCACCCAGUCAGAGCUUCUUGAACUCAGGUCUAAAAUGGCUUCUAAGGAAGCAUCAUUCCAAGAGUUGAAAGCUGAAGUGGAAAGCUACAAAGAAAACAAUGCUCGACAAUCAUCUCUGCUCACAUCUCUGCAAAACCGAGUUCAGGAGGCAGAGGAGGAAUCAAAUGUGCUUGCCACUUCCAAAAAACAGACUGAUUUAACAGCACAGGCAGUGUUCCAGGAGAACUGGGAACUGAAGGAGAAGAUCCGUGAUCAAGAAGUCAAAUUUAACAAAUAUAUUGAUGAGUGUGAAGAAACCAAGAAUCAAGUUUCUGAGAUCAGCAGGAAGAAUGGUGAAUUCUUAGCACAUCUUUCUGGGGUUUUGGACAUAGACAUCAGAGGAAAAGAAGAACCACAGGACCUUUUGAUUUCCAAGCUCACUGAAACGCACAAAGAAAAUAAAAUGUUAAAAGGGCAGAUUUCUACUCUCAAAGAAGCUAUCAGUGUUCAUGAGAUGGAGUCAAAAGCUAGCAGAGAAACCAUCAUGAGGCUUGUUUCAGAAAUGAGCAAAGAGCAGAAAAAGGCAGCAGCCUACUCCCAAGACAGGGACAAGCUUAACAAGGAUCUGGACAGUGCUAAAACAGCCAAAGAAAGUCUAGAGUUGGAGAUCAGCAUCCUCCAAGAUAAGCUUGCUGCCAGCCAGGAGGCAUGGGAAGCCUCAAAGCAGGAACUUCACCACCUGAAGAGAUGUUCUAAUGAACUGGAUGGGAGUUUGAAGAACAGUAUACAAGAGGCAAGAACUGCCCAAAGCAUGCUGAGUGCUUUCAAAGAGCAAAUAGCCGUUCUUCUCCACAGCAGUUCUGUAACAGUUAAAUCCUCUGAGGAGGCCAUCUUGGAGAGGAUUCGAGCAAUGAGCCACAGUGUGGAGAGCAAAAAGACAAUGAUGUCCCAGUUCGAAGCCCAAAUAGCUAAGCUGACUGAACAGUUGGAGAUUCAAACCAGGUCAUACCAGGAUGCUCUGCAAGGGGCCAGGAAAGCAGAAAAACAAGUUGAAAGUCUCCAGGAUCAAUUGAGGCAUCUGGAAAGAGAACUGGUAUCUGGAGAUGUGCAGAGAGAUGGUUUGAAAACUGAGAAGCAAAAAUACCUGACAUUUCUGGAACAACUUUCUGAUAAAAUGAAGUUGGACAGAAUAGCAGCUGAGAUUGGUUUUGACAUGAGACUUGAUGCAAUUCUGGUUCGGGCAGAGCAGUUGGUCAAGCUGGAAGGUGAUGCAGUAAUUGAAAACAAGACCAUGACGCACAACCUACAGAGAAAGUUGAAGACUCAGAAAGAAAAGCUUGAGAGCAAAGAGCUGCACAUGAAUCUUCUGCGGCAGAAAAUCUCUCAGCUGGAAGAAGAGAAACAAGUGCGAACAGCCCUGGCUGUGGAGAGAGAUGAGGCCAACCUCACUAUCAGAAAGUUGCAUAAGAAGGCGGAGAGGUUACAGAAGGAGCUGGACUUGGCAAGAGAAUCUAACACUGACCUGAAAGCCAAAUUGUCUGAAACCAGUGAACUUAAGAUUAAAACCCUUGAACAGAACAGAGCCAUAGAGGAGCUAAAUAAGUCCCAAGGCAACCUGGGAAAGAUGAAAGAGAAGGCUGAGAAGCAACUGAUUGCUGUCAAAUCAGAACUACAUUUAAUGGAGCAUGAAGCUAAGGAGGAUAAAGAAAGAGCCAGAAAUAUGCUAGAAGCAACAAACAGUGAAGUGAAGGCACUUAAAACAACCUUGGCAGAGGUAACAAAGAGAGAGAAACAGUUGACAGAUUUUCGGGAGGUGGUCUCACGGAUGCUGGGCCUCAGUAUUGCCAACCUUGCUCUCCCUGACUAUGAAAUCAUCACCCGUCUUGAGGGGUUGAUCCACUUGCAUCAACACCAUUUUGUUCCCUGUAUCUGCCUCAAAGAUGCAUCUGUGAGGCAAAAUGGGCACUCGCCAAAUCAUUUACAGUUUCUACACUGAACAACACCUUUUUAAUUCAUCUGGUCUUAUUCCUCUUCAACAGGCAUGAGAUUGAUAAGUCAGUUCUGGAUGAGUGGAGGAAAUAGUCCAACAUCAUCGCUCUCUAAAUGUAUGAAGUGAAAUUCUGGUCCCUGGGGAACCAAAUGGGAGUUCUGACAUUGGCUUCACCUACAGUAAAGACUAUGAAACCAACUACAGAAAAUUCUAUCCUAACUUGAACUUCUUUUACUGAAGUAUUUUUUAUAAGGACUAUUACACGUCACUCUUCCUCUUGUUACAGUGGUUAGAUUUGUAAAUUUACAGGGGUUCAUGGGACUCAAAACACAUCACCGUACAUCUUGUUUGUCUGUAAGUAAGGUCUACAGGCUUGAUGGAUGGUAUUCAGGGGUAGUGCUAUCCUCUGCUGCAUGGUUCCUUGGGGAGUAGAAUGUGAAAGUUCAGUUGUACAGAGCUACUCAGAGAAGAAAAUCAUAUCUUCAUUUCUGUUUCCCACUUGCCAUUUACCUUGCUGCCACCAUUGCUAGUUUUUUUAAUAUCUGCUGUUCAUGAACUUUUAACUAGUUUGAAUGGGUGGCCAAAGGUUAUUGGGGCAGGGAAUAACAGGUCUUUCUAGACAGUGAGAAUUGCUCAGCAGCUCACAUUACAACCAGAGAAAGCUCCCUUUUGCAUAAUUAAAGUGCUGCAAAGGCGGUAAGAAGAUAUGGACAGCGCAAGGCCAUCCAGUAUUCAUGCAGUAGAACUGGAGGCUUGUAAAGGGCAAGGUUAACACACAGUUUUGCUGUGUUUUUUCUUAAUGGAUGUUGACGUCUACCGUGUCACGGACAUAAAGCCUUCUGCUUUGUCUGCAGCUGAUGAUGAUUCAGUGGAAUGGUAAUGGCCCAGCUGCCACUGACUUUUCAAGAUCAGACUGCUUUUUGUGUAUAUCUUAUGUAUAGAGGAGAAAUGGACUUUAAGUUGGAUAGAAAUAAAUAAUUGUCAUUGGAGGAUGGAAAAGAACUGUAGUUUGGGGAAGGGGGUGUCAUUCUUUCAAUGUUAUUCUUUAGUCUACUAUUGACUUAACAAAACAAAGGCCUAAAAUGAUUUUUCCCCUCAGUUAGAAACCUUCCACACACUACGUCCUGUCAUAUGUGGCACAGAGAUUUUUCAUAGAAUCAUAUCUUAUUCUCACUUCCUAUAAGAGAAAGUCUUUAUGAUACCAUUGGUAAAGCAGCAGAAAUCUCUUAGCUGUGGUGUUUCCUUGGCUGUUGCUCUUUAACUUGCUGCUCUUCAUAAUUAAAAACUAAUUUUAGAAAUCCCAGCCCAUCGCAUCAAAAAACUGAAAAAAAAAAAAAAAAAAAAAAAAGUUUCCUGUAAAGGAAAAGCAAAAGGACUAGGCAAUGACGACACUUAUUGUUCCCCAGAAAUCUUUUAGUUGCUAGAACUGCUCUUAUUAGCAUUGUUUCUAGUUCUUUAUUAAUGAUACCAUCUUAAAAAAGUUUAAAUGAUAAAACUGUCUUAAUUGAAGAAUGAUAUUCUUCCAUGUUCUUCAGAUCUCUACUACGCAUGUCUCAUAUUUGCAUACAAAAUAGUAAUAAUGGCAAAUGCACUUAUGAGAGAAAUUCAAGGAACUGGGGUAUUUCAAGAAAUCUUACUCCACUCAUUAAAAUUGCUAGUCUGUAUUUUACCAAAACUAGAUUUAUUUUAAAGCAAAGGUAAUAAUUAUGUUAGCAGAGGGUUAGGACUUCAUGGUUUAGAUUGUUUAUUUUUUGCUUGCCUCUGAAACAUCAGUGAUCAGUUGAUCCUGGAAAAAGGCUAUUAUAUUUCACAAGUCAAAUCAUUAUGGUUAUUCAGAUAGAAAAUUGGUUUUAUUCUUAUUUUGUUAUUCAGAUAGGGGUUAACUAAUAUUCAGAAAUGUAAGGAAAAAAUAAUAUGGGGUUUUUUUUCAAGAUACAUUCUGCUACUUGCAAUUGUAGAAUGUGGAGGUGUAUCACUAUAGUCAAACUGAAUGUAUGAGGCAAGUGGUUCCAACCUGUACUUUUUAUUUGUUCCAUAAUUACAUACUUUACCAGCUAAUCAGUGGAUCACUCUAUCCUACCUAGGUUAUAUAUACAAUAUACAGACUUGUCAGUUAUUUUUCAUGCACCCUGAUAUUCAUUAAAUAUAAAGUAAGAGAAACACUUAAAAACAUUGAAAUACACUGCACUUUACAAGCAAUAAAUUAAACAAACUAUAUUAACCAUUCAAGGUGUUAUGCACCCUCAGCAAUCUUUAGAAUUAGUCUCUGAAACCUCAGAACAUCCCUAAGUAGAUAAGUGCUCCAUUUUACAGAUUUGAGAUUGAGGCAGAUAAAUUAGAUGGCUUGUAAUGGCCACAAAGUGAUUUAGUGUCUGCCAAGACUAGAACUUGGGUAUUUGUGGGUCCUGCCAGUCCUGAGAUUAGAUUUAGGAUGAAAUCCUGGCUCCACUGAAGUCACCACUAAAGCUACCUAAUGACUUUUACUUCAAGGCUAAAGUAAUGACUAACCUCAUGUCUAGUGGUUAAAGAAACUUACUUUAACUUCAGCUCUGACUCUUCCUUUCAUACAUUAUUUUUUAUUUACAGUUUUUCAAAUGUGUACAUAAUUGAAUGCAUCUCUCCCAUUAGCUGAUUGUUAAUAUUCACAGUAUUUGCUUUUAUUUUGGAAAAGCAUUGGCAUCUUUGUUUCCAUAGCCAAAUCAAAUAAAAAGAAUAAGUGAAGCAGUAGUUUGCCAUGAACAAAGUUCAUAGUGAUUUGUGAUCCAUGCAGUCUAAUUAACUCCUGAACAAAGGUUAAGCUGACUUUUAUCAUCUUCUUUCAGUCUUCAUUUCAAUGUUUAGAACGUAUUUUUACUUAUUCUUCAAAAGGAAAAAAUUGUUUUAGUUUAAAUCUUCUUUGAAUCUUUUUUUCCCCUCCAAAACAAGACGCAUCAACCCAAAUGCACAUUUAUUAGGAGUUUAUCCAAAGUAUGUUUUUAAGAAUGAAAAUGCAUGGAGUGCCAAAUGUAAAACAGUUAUCUAGAGGGCUAGAUGAUUGUUUUCACUGUAAAUAAUAACAACAACAACAAGUGUAAGAAUUUACUGAUUCACCUACUAUUUUUUACAAAUAUUUUCCUUUCACUGUGGCAAAGGAUUCUUGAAUUAUAAAAUUCAAAGUGCUGGUGUAAUAUACAAAAAUGCCAGAAUUACAAUGUACAAUGUGUAACUAGGGGAUGUUUUGUUUCCAAAUAACAGGCCAAAUUUUGUUCUUAGCCACGAUGGCAUAACUCUGGAGAGAUUUAGCUGUAGGCAAGAUCAUUCUACUAGACUUGCAACGAUAAAGUGAACAGAAUUUAGCUCAAUGUAUUUUAACACUGUUUAGCCAUUACCAUUAAAUAAGUUAGCUGAAAAUAAACUACUGAAUCUUUUCUCUCUCUCAGCCUGUCAUUCCCUGAGCAAAUAUGUUUCUAGUAUUUGCAUUUGAUAAAGUGCCUAUUGUGUCAUAUGUAACAAAUCUUGAGCUAAUAAAAUCAGAUGCAAAUAGGAUGAUGUAGAAACACAUAGAAAUGCAUAACUAUUGUUAGGAUAAGCUUUUUUUUUUUUUUUUAAAAAGGUAUGUGAUCUUGACUUAAUUCCCCAUUUCUGAAAAAUUAGUAUUGACAAGUGUGUUAUAGAGUAAAACAUUAUGUAAUAGGGGUAGGGUUCAACAAGCACUUAGGCAUGUGCUUAAGCUUAAGCGUUUUGCUGAGUGGGAAUCCACAAGAGAAAAGACAAGAUCCCUGUGAAUCACUCUCUCUGAUGGGGAUGUGAGAUAUUUUAAUUGUUAGUGUGAGGCCUCCUUUUGUACUGUUUGUAACCCAUUCACCCUUCUUGCUAAAUUAAAAAAAAAAAAAGAUUAGGAGUUAUCAUUUGUCUGUGUCAGAUACUAAACAAUAUUUAAGAUUUCAGUUGGAGGAAGAAAGUGAGGGCCCCAAAGCUGACCAGAUGUUAAUAAAGAAAAACUUUGAGUAUGGAACCAAACAUGAGCUUCUAGAAACUAUGGUACAGCUCUGUGAUCAAGUUACCAUAUAUGCUGUGUUUACCAGAACUCUGACAGGAGGUGUCAUUUUCCAGAACUGAAAUAGUAAAGUGGACCAUCAAGAGAGAACGGGAUGAGGGCUGUGGGAGAAAAGAGAGACUCAUUGAACAGAUGCAAGUAUCAUGAAUUAGGAGAAAAAGAUCUCUGAUAUCACUGAAACACAAACCAAACAAAAGAUCAAAGAACCCACAGUGGUGGACAAUGAUGGAACAGUAACCAAGACUGAGAAGUACGUUCAAGCUUAAUCAUUUCCAAGCAGCAAUUUUCAAUUUCAUUGAGUCAUUACCACAGAAAGGUAAAGACCUGCAUAGGAGAUUAAAUUGGUCUUGACAAGAGAAGGAUAAGCUUGGAUAGCUCAACUAAUAUAAUCACUGUUCAGGAAUAACCUUAAAAAUUACAUAAAAUAAAAGAAUAAAAACACCACAAACCAUUUUGUCUGAAAAAAAAAAAAAAUCUGUUAUACUUUUCUGGCAAUUUGAAAGGUCAGUUGAUGAUUCAUGGAACUGAAAGAACAUUCCAUGUAUAAAUUGAUUACAAAAGAAAUCAGUUGGCCUCCUGAGGACCUUUUCAACCCUCAUUUCCUAUGAUUCUAUUAUUUUUUUUUCCUGUGGUUUCUUACUCUUUUCUUCUUGAUUGUUUAUUACCAACUGUUAUGAGUUGAUAGCCCUUUAAGAAAAGGAUGAAAGUGCGGGGCCACUUCAAGGUAUCUCAAGCAAACAAAACUUUGGAGACAGAAAAUGCAGGGGUGCGUGUGUGCGCGCGUGUGCACACACACACACACACACACACACACACGUCCUGGAUUAGACAUAUGGGGUGAGUGCAGAUAAGCAUGCACCUGCGCUUUACAGCACGUGUGAAAAAGUUUUCCGCCCUGCAUAUUUGCAGUGCAGAGCCAAAAUUUAGAUACUGGGUAAUCCUGCUAUCCAAAAAUAUGGUCCACAAGAAAUGGGGUGGUGAGUGUGGCUGCUGUACGUGCCACCCAAAACCAGAACCUUGAUGGCCAGAGCCAUGUUCCAGUUGCCAGCCAGGCUCCGAGUGCUUGGAUUGCUGAUGUUGCAGCCCUGGGAGGCCCCCAGGACCCCAGCUAAGGCUGGUGGGGCCAGCCCAGGUGCUGGCCCCAGUCUUACUUACCCCACCUGGGUCAAUUUGCCAUACAGGCUGAGGUGUUCCCAAGGGACAAGUGGCAAUGACACAACUAUGUGGGAAAUGCACAUAUAGGCAGUCCUAGACUCACAGCAUUUUGAUUUAUGGUGGUUCACACUUGCAGUGCUCCAUCAUUUACACCCCUGUCAUUACUUACAGUGCCAGAUCCUCACACUUAUGGGAGGCAACGAGCUGGGCACGGAGCAUGGCGGAGGCACCAGGGCUGGCGCGGGACACUUACCGGAGGUAAGCUCAGGGAGCGACUCCUCCCUGAGGCCAUGUGCUCCUGGAGGCAAGAUGGGGAGGGGGGCUGGCACCAGGGAACUGGUCCACUUCCUAGCUCUGACACCAUAUGGCUCAUCGCUCCUAGAGGCCUGGCGAGGUGGGGAUGGGAGCUGGGUGCUGGCUCCGCCAACUCUGGGGAAUUGCUCCACCGGCUCCGGGGAACUGCUCCACAUCUCCAUAUCACCUCAGGGAGUGAGGAGGCACAUGGCAUCAGGGCUGGGGAGCAGAGCAGUUCCCCAGAGCCGGCAGAGCCCAUGCCAGCAACCAGUCCCAGCCUCAGGGAGGAGCCACUGCCUGCCCCACUUGAGGACUGAGGAGCUUACCUUUGGUAAGUGUCCCACGCUGGCCCCGGUGACUCCCAGGUCUGUCAAAUCGAUUGUGUCCGGGCCAUGGCCUUCUGAUUAAAUACAAUUUUAUGUGAUUAGUUACUGCAUUGCACUUUAGAAAGCUUUG